AGGACGCGCACGAUAGUAUAUAGUUUAGUGUAAAAAUUUGUUUUGGCACCCAAGCAAACUCCCCUUACUAUGCAGCCCUCUAUCCCUUGAACUGACACCCCUUCCGACAGCUGCUUACAUAAUCCAAACGAAGAACACACCGCUUCGUGCGAUGGCCGCACUGCCACGUCAUCACAAAACAGAAUCAUCAUUAACCAGCGCUUGAUUAGUAGUUAGACGAGAGCUUCUCUUGCAUCUACAUACCUCCCCCACCUCCUGCGUGAUUUAAGCCCUAGCAAUAGGUGCUGAUCCAAAAAAAAUCCUUCAAGAUGCGCGGGACUGAACUUGUCGAUCCUGAGGCUCGGCACAACGCCUCACGGAAGUGGUCUGGCGUUUCCAGGGUGAAAGGGCCCACAUGGGCGAGGCUGCCACUGUUGGCGCUGAGCAGUUUUGGGAUUUCGGUUUUCUGGAGUAUGGUGUCUGGAAAUGCACCUCCAUACUUAGCAUCGUUGGGACUCUCGAAAUCGGAUAUCGCCAUUGUCAUGGGUGCUGGCCCUUUGUCCGGACUCCUGGUGCAACCCAUCGUAGGCGUCUUCUCAGACUCUUCGACAUCCAAGUUUGGCCGUAGAAGGCCUCCCAUUGUCUGGGGUGCUUUAAUCUGCUUCUUCGCCCUCUUUUUAUUUGGGUUUCCUACAACGUUUGCGUCCAUGCUGACAAGGAGUGAAGGGGCCCGCAAGGCUAUCACAAUCUUUAUCGUCUCGACGUCUAUCUAUGUCCUUGACUUCAGCAUCAAUGCUAUCAUAGCUGGUCACCGUGGAUUGCUCGUCGACAUCCUACCGGCAUCGGAACAGGAUAUUGGGAAUGCUUGGAUGGGACGUAUGGGAGCCGUUGGGGGAUUAAUGGCUCAUUUCAUAGGGAACAUGAGCCUUCCAGAACUAUUUCCCUUCCUCGGAAAUACUCAAAUACAAAUUAUUUCCGUUAUAAUGAGUAUCAUCGUUCUCCUUACCAACGGCGGGACGAUCUUAUCCGUACAGGAACGAGUUCUGCUGGAACCUUCAGGCUCUUCAGGCACGAGGGCAUCGGAAGGAGUUUGGAAGAGUCUUUCUAACACAGUGAAAGAGCUGUGGACGACAACUGUCAAUUUGCCUCCGUUAAUCUACAGAAUCUGCGUGAUACACUUUGUCGCCACGUUAGGAUGGCUUCCUCUGUGGAGUUAUGUGUCUUUAUGGGUCUCUGAUUUAUACUAUCAAGAGAAUCCUCGGAGCCCGCUGGAUGUGAAUGGUGAAGCUGGGAUGCGAGCUGCUAAUAGAGCCUUGAUGUACGCAUCAAUCGCAAACACGAUUUGUGUUGCAAUCAUGCCUUUCUUUGCGAGCUCGUCCCCGAGUGGGAAGGCUAUGGAUGGGUCUUGGUCCGAUGGGACUGAUCGGUGGAAGGAUGUGGGCGGGGCACGAACGCGAUGGAAGAUGCACUCAUGUUCUUUCUGGACGCUUUCACAAGCCAUAUUAACGUUCGCGUUGGGCGCUACUUGGUUCGUAGAUUCCGUAGCAACCGCAAGUAUUAUUAUGUUAAUAGUUGGGAUAUCUGCGUCUGUACACGCAUGGGCGCCAGGAGCCGUGUUAGGAGAGGUCAUCCAUACCACAUCAACGAAUCCCCGAUCUCGAUCCUCUUAUGCGCUCGUGUCGGCCUCAGAACCUAUUUCGGUUGAAGUGCGUAGCUCCAUGGAAGCGCAUCAUGGAGACGCCUCAAAACGCGUCCCCGGGACCAGCGGCUACGAGCAUGUUGAUCAUCACAGGGCUCAACGUCAUCACAUCAACGACUCGAUUGAAUUCAAGGAUAUAGACGAUGAAGACGACUCUGGAACUGAGAGCGCUGUGCAGGAUAAAGCGGGAACCAUUUUUGGGAUUCAAAACGUGUUCAUCGUUCUAUCCCAGUUCGUCGCCAUCGGUGUAUCUUCAAUAGUCUUUGCGUUGACCGAGUAUCCGGUUGGAGGAUCAUCCGUCGAUGCAGAGGUGAUGCUUAAAUCCAACGCCACUUCACCAGUCACUGAAGCCAUCCGGGGGAUGUCUCGUGAGGCGAUGCGUGCAGACACUGGCAAAAAACCGUUUGACUCGAUAGGAUUCCUACUUAGGCGAGUUAUACUGUUUUUCUGUGAACGCGCAAGCAUUUUGAAGUGUUUACAAAAUAGAUUGGGGGCCAUCAGCUCAGCAGUUGCAACCUAUAUGUGCUGGAAACUGUCUAAGCAAAUCCGUGCUUGAUCUGAGGCGCCGCGAAUGCCCAAGUUUAUU